GCUUGUACCAAUGACAGAUCCUGGUGCAUUUCUGUGAUCGUUUCGCAGCUGCUCUGAAUGGCCCCACAGGAGCAGGUCAACAGUUUAAGAAGAUUAAAGAAGCCUUUGCAGAGUUUGAUGUGUCAGAUACUAUUAAUAGGCUGGGAGAUGAAGCACAACAGGAAGACUAUUGGAUUUACUGUAAACCCAGGCAGAGCCUAAGCAGCAGCAGGACUGGGGCAUUUUCAGACAGCAUUGUGAAGGGAACAGCAUGUAGAAGGAAUGAUCUUACUGACAAACUCCUGGAGGCAAACAAAUUUCAUGAGGGGACGUUACAGGGUGGAGGUUCCCUGAAGAGGCUGUGCAAUCUUUCCUCACACUGAAUUCCCAGACAUAGGGAUGGAAUCCUGCCUUCAUUGCAAAAGAGUCUCAAAUUGAUCAGUUGUAAUUACUUAUUAACUAACCUUUUAUCAGCCUGAUCUCCUAGGCUUAGCUAGCCAUGGUUUCCCUUUUCAUCGGGAAGAUCCUGAUUACAAACAACAAGGACUGUGAUGAAGUGGACACUGAGAGUGAACUUAGCCAGAGACUGGAUAACAAAGUGAUGCUGCUGUAUUUUGGAUCUGGUGAAUGCACUCGAUGCCAGGAGUUUUCACCUGUCCUCAAAGAUUUCUUUGUGAGACUCACUGACGAAUUUUAUGUGGAAAGGGCUUCCCAGCUGGUCCUGGUAUACGUGUCUCAGGAUGAGACAGAGGAGAAGCAAGAAAAGUUCCUGAAGACUAUGCCCAAAAGAUGGCUGUUCUUACCCUUCCAGGAUGAGUUCAAAAGGGAGCUGGAGUUGAGGUUUGCUGUGUCCAACACACCUGUAGUGGUGGUGCUGAAGCCAAGCGGGGAGGUGAUUGCUGGGAAUGCUGUGGAGGAGAUCAGGUGCUUGGGCACUGCCUGUUUCAAGAGCUGGCAAGAGGCCGCUGAGCUAGUUGACAGGAGCUUUCUCUUGGCAGAGGACUUUGAUGACUUGGCCAAGAGGAGCAUCACCGAUCCCAUCCGCCGCCUCAAGUACAAGCUGGACAAGAAGACAAGGAAAAAGAAGGAGAAAGAGGAAGUGCUCUGUCCUGAUAUGGAAUUAUGAAGUUACAGCAGUACAUACAUUUGCUAGGCUUUUGGUUAUCCUGAAACAGGAGCCUAGAGACUCACUGUCAAAACUCUCCAGACUCAAGGGGGUAGCUUUACUGGAGCACAAGUUAGUAUAGACAUUUGUAUCUUCACAAAGUCUCAGGAUCUCAGUGGCAACUGGAGGAUUCUGAACAGGGAACAACAUGUGGCUGGGGAGAUGAGAUAGCCAUGUCAGGAUUAAAGAUGCAGCCUGAGGAGAGGUUUCAGAGUGGUAGCCAUGUUAGUCUGUAUCAGCAAAAAGAACGAGGAGUACUUGUGGCACCUUAGAGACUAACAAAUUUAUUUGAGCAUAAGCUUUUGUGAGCUAAAGCCCACUUCAUCAGAUGCAUGCAGGAGAGAAUAGGCAUUUCCUUUUCCUCACUGACAUCUAUUCAUAUAAUAAUAGGUCUGUUUAUAUUAUAACGGGGACAUUAUUGGACAGAAGUGCCCCAGAGAACAUUUCCUCCUGUUCUCACACUCUCUUUUUUCCCUUUAUUGCCUAGAGAGUUUCUGUUAGCAGCAAGCACAUUAAUGACAGUCUGGCUGUAUCAGCUCUAACAUUUUGAUUUCUUGACCUCAAGAAUCUAAACCUGCCUUAGUGAAAGUCUCCCAUUGAGAUCUCAGCCAUUCAUUUACCUAGAAAUUAGCCAGAAAAUGAACUACUACAGAACAGCAGACUGGCUUUCAGAAAUACUGCUCUGCACAAUAAAGCAAUUGGUAAUUCACCAAAAAAAGUGAGGAAGACAUAUUAAUUUUUAAAAACAAUAGUGUAUAUAUGGAUUGCUAUUAAUGUGUUAUGCACAGACCACUAAAAGGACUAUGAACCAAAUCUUCCUGUGAAACAGGUGAACUGACCAACACAUUUUACUUGUUAUGGACCCAGGUGAUACUGGUGUGAGUGACAGUUUCUGAUUCACCUUGCAUAUCACUGGUAACAUUAUGCAGUUUAAAGUUCUAGAACAUGUUAAUUUCAGUGCUGCUGAAUGGAUUUUUUCCCCACCAUCACUGUUUGAUUUUUAUGUUCAGUGAUGCUGAUGCACCCCUAUGGGGCUAUGUGAAAUAAUAAAUAAACCAUAGUUUUAGUCUCUAAUCUGUGUUGCCAUCUACUGGUAGUAAGUAGCAAUUGCUGAAUACCUGUCUGUCACAAAUGAGGGCAUGAUUGACAAUUUACAAUCAUUUUAGCAUCUUUUAGGCAACUCCUUUUACUCUUUUGUGCUAACUAGAACCUCAUUCAAAAUUGAGGCAUUUCAUUACUAUGGGUCUAAUAAGGGAUUAGAAACUACUUUUCUUUUUUUGCCACAGGAGCAACUAGGACUGAAUCCUGUUUUAGUUAGCCCAUGAUUUAACAAGGCACAGUCUCAAGGAAGCCUGCAGUGAGGGAUCUUUGACUGCCCCUUUCCAAAUUACUACCUGUGGCCUCACUCAUUAACUACCCAGGUUGAAUUAAAAUAGUUUUGUAUGUAGGCAAUUGCUUUAGACAGCUAGGCUAAUAAAUAACCUAGUCCCUAUUAUCUCAGUUUUAAUACAUAGGAUAACUCAAGACUUCAGCAGCUGAGUCAGCAGAGAGAAUGGACACAACUCCAGUCCUGCUAUCUGGUUGCACCCAUAACUCCAACUGCUCGGAAAUCAAGCCACUUAGAUAGCUGUGUAAAUAAAAACUUAGGUGCCUAAAUUUAGGCAUCAGUGUUUGAAAAUUUUGGCCUAAGUGACCUGACCACAAUAAACUCAUGGAAGAGCAGGGAAUAGAACCCAGUAAUCUUGCAUUUCAGUCCCCUGAUUUUAUAUUCUUAAAUUGCCCAGCAGGCCAGUUUAAAUAGCCUGAAUGAAUAAAUGAAAGAACUGAAAGAAGGUGUGUUUCUAGUGAAGACAGAGAGAGGCAUAAGGCAGGACCAGCCUGUUCAACUUGUUUUCUCUUUUAAUCCUCCCUCUAUUUACCUAGCAAGGCUGGCAGGUAGAAGGGAAAAGGGGGAGGAAAAAUGUAAACUGAAUGGCUGCAAGGGGUGCCACCCUCAGCUCGAACACUAUGCAAGUCCUGCCUGGUCUGUAAAAGGAGUGUAUCUGUAGACUUGCUAUAUUUCUGAUACUCUAGGAUACAAAGAGGAAAAUAAUGAAACAGAAUAUCAUGUGGGUUUUGAUAUUCUGUGUAAAUGACCUGUUGCAUCUUAUUAUUUCUCAACUGUCUGGUCAUCAGCAGGGUCAGAGUAUCUCACAAAAUGUAUCUGAAAAGCAAACCAUUUCAAAGUGUGAUUAAAGGUUACUUGAGAG